AUGGACGCGGCUACUCUGACCACUCUUGUGAAAGAGCUGAAUACGGCCAACGGUGAAGGGAAGACUGAUGAAGUAGUUCGAAUACUGAAAAAACUAAAGACGGAAGUUGAACCUUCAGAGGAUUUACUUAGAUCUUCCAAAGCAGGUGUGGCGAUAGGUAAACUUCGAUCGUCGACUACUUCGUCAAUUUCGGCACUGGCGAAAGAGAUCGUUAAAUCCUGGAGAGACAAGAUUGAGGAAAGUAAGAAGAAGAGGAAGAGGGAUGACGGAGAUGUCAAGAAGGAAGAUGGUGCUGCAAAGAGAGUGAAAGCUGAAGGAUCAUCUACCGCUCCUUCUCCUUCAGCGGCUUCACCAAUACCAUCAGCAUCAGCCUCAACUCCCGAUAUAACCAAAACAGAAUCAAAACCAUCACCUUCCGCAGCAGGAACAACAGCAGUAUCAGGUAAAGAAGCAGUACGUGAAUCGUCACCUCGUCAACCACUGUCAACUAUAGAUGCAUCUAGGACAACACCUAGAACAGCUAAAUCAGAUGGUGUGGAUAAAUCAUUAAGAGCAGAUAACACAGAUGGUGCACAUGAUCCUGUCAGAGAUAAAUGUGUCGUUAUGAUUUAUGAUGCUUUGGCGGGUGAUAGUACUGCUCAAAAUAAGAUUUUGAUAGAAAGGGCCGUUGGAAUAGAAAUGGAUGCGCACAAAGCUACGAAUUAUUCAACCGGUAACGAUUAUAGAGCAAAGAUGAGAUCGCUUUUCCUCAAUCUGAAAGAUAAAGGUAAUCCAGCUUUGAGAAAUGAGAUUGUUCUAGGUUAUAUAACUACGGAGAAAGUAGCUAAUAUGUCGAAAGAAGAAAUGGCAUCGGAGUCUGUUCGAGCGUUGAACGAGAAAAUAGCUUCGGAUAACUUAUUCAAAGCCAAAGCAGUCGGUGAAACUCAAGCUGAAACAGACGCAUUCAAAUGUGGUAGAUGUCAACAAAGGAAAUGUACUUAUUAUCAGAUGCAAACUAGAUCAGCCGAUGAGCCUAUGACCACUUUCGUAACAUGUACGAAUUGCAAUAAUAGAUGGAAAUUUAGUUAA